CGGCUGUGGUUGGGAGGGGUUUGUUUCCUCCGCCUACCCGGGGUUUGCUUGUGAUGGUUGCUCGGGCCUCGGCGCUGUAACAUCUGCAGGAGUCGCAGUGCUUGCGGCCGGGCAAUACCGCGGCUAGAGGCGAGACAAGGCGCAGGAAUGAGCGGCCUGCAGCGGCAGCACUUCGCCGCCAACAGCGGGGACUUCACCUUCGUCUCGUCGCUCGACGGUGAAGAGCUCACUGGUUCAAUAGACUCUCCAGAUGUUAUACUUAAUGUGGAAAAUGCCCCAACGAAAGAUUCAUCAGCAACUGCAUUUCUCAGGAAAAGGGGAUAUGGAUGGCUUCUGGAAGUGGAGGAAGAAGAUUCCGAGGACUCAAAACCUCUCUUGGAGGAAUUGGACAUUGAUCUGAAGGAUAUUUACUAUAAAAUCCGAUGUGUGUUGAUGCCAAUGCCCUCACUUGGAUUUAAUAGACAGGUCGUGAGAGACAACCCUGACUUUUGGGGCCCACUAGCUGUGGUCCUUUUCUUUUCAAUGAUCUCACUAUACGGUCAAUUUCGAGUUGUUUCAUGGAUUAUAACAAUUUGGAUAUUUGGAUCGCUAACCAUCUUCUUACUAGCUCGGGUUCUUGGUGGUGAGGUUGCAUACGGUCAGGUUCUUGGAGUCAUUGGAUAUUCGCUACUCCCACUGAUUGCGAUUGUUCCAGUCCUUUUGGUUGUUCGAUCUUUUGAGCUUUUAGCUACAGUUAUAAAGCUGUUUGGUGUAUUCUGGGCUGCUUACAGUGCUGCAUCCCUGCUGGUUGGAGAAGAAUUUAAAACAAAGAAACCUCUUCUUAUCUAUCCAAUCUUUCUCCUGUACAUCUAUUUUUUGUCCUUGUAUACCGGUGUCUGAUAUUCAAGAGAUUUGACUUUCGGUAAGGACUGUUGCAAGGACAUUGCGAGGAAAAAGUGCUAUGCACUCUACAUGAUGAAGAAAAUUAAUUUCAUCCUCUUCAGCAAAUGUUAUUUUGGGGUCCAAAAGCAUAGUUCUAAGGUUUAAACACUUCCUAGUGUUCAGCAUACAUUUAUAUUUAAUUAAUGUUUUAAAACUUUUGGUUUGUGUGGAAAUGACUUGUAAAGGUGAAGGCUGCGACCAGUUUUACAUGGAAUGGAGAACGGACAGUGCUAAAUACCUGUGCUGAAACGUCAAGAAUGAAAUAGCCAAGGAAAAGCAUUUCUGCCAAAUUUGAUUCGGAAACAUCCUGAAGAAAAAUUUAAAGUUAAGGCAUUGUUAUUUUGAAAUCAAUGUACUUUUUAAAAUGUGCAGUUUUAUGAGAUUAUAAUAAGUGAAAUUGAUUCUGUAGAUACCUUUAUGUAAUGCAAUCUUGUAAACAGAUUUAUUCUGAGCAUUUAAAAACUUUGUGUAGAUGAGUUCAAAUUUUCUUUAAGUUGGGUGCAUUUGCUUGGAUUAUUUUUAGCUGCUCUGUUGUAUACAAAACCUAUAACAUAAGCAUUUGUAAAAUAAACUGCCAAUAAUGGUUCAAUGGAUA